AUGGAUGCUCGAAGUAGCCUCAUUGGCGUGACUGUUGCUAUGCUCGUCAUAAGUUGGCUGGCUGUUAUAACGCGUAUUUGGGUGCGGACAUGGGUCAAGGCUCUGGGAAUAGACGACUGGUUAAUGCUCACUGGCUUGGUGUCAUUCUCCAUGUCUGCCCUGUUCAUCCUCAUGUCAGCAUACCACGGUAUUGGCCUGCUAGAUGUUAAUCUAGAUCCAUCUAUCGCACCAGUUGGGGUCAAGUGGUUCUGGGCUGGUAUGGUCACUUACCCUUGCGCCUCGUCCAUCGUCAAAUCCAGCAUCUGCACAGCGCUUCUCCGCAUCACCAGCCUCAGGCGAUACCGAAUUCCACUCUACAGCGUCAUAGUGCUGAGCUUCUUUGGGUUCGUCAUACCCACCCUCGCGAUCUUACUAUCGUGCCGUCCCAUCGCAGCAAAUUGGGAUCCCAGACAAGGCACCUGCCAAAGCCCCCAACUUCUCAUCAACGCUGGCUACUACUAUUCAGCAAACUGUAUUAUUACAGACUGGACUUGUGCCAUCCUCCCGGCUUUCAUCCUGUGGGAUGUGCAGCUCAAGCUGCGGAUCAAAGUGUCUAUCAUCGUGAUGCUCGCGUUUGGUGUAAUUGCCAGUAUAGCCACCAUAGGCCGCGUCGCAACCAUCAGUGGUUAUGGCAGCACAGUGAACUACCUGUACCAUCUCGCCCGCAUCGGUAUCUGGUGUGUGCUUGAAUGUGGUAUGGGCAUAGCCGCUGGAUCCCUUGCUACUUUUCGACCCUUGUUCCGCUUCAUCCCGUUCCUUCGCUCUUCAAUCGCUGGCACGCAUUCCAAUGCAAGGAACGACCCCGUCUUUCAUUUGGAGGAGGUUAGUCGAAACCAUGCAUUCGGUGAUGAAGCUCAUGAAGAAGCCGAAUAUAUGGAAAGAUCAGACGCGGAGAGCCAGAAACAUAUCCUCAAGGACACAAAAGUCUAUAUAUUCAAGUCAAGAUAG